GAUCUCUCCCAGGUUCGGUCACCGAAAAUCACAUCACUGCCGGUUUCACCCCACCCCCCUCAACUCCUCGUUUUCCGCUCGCUCCUGUACUUGCUCUGCUGUGCUAUCCAUCUACUAUAAUUAUACUCGAUCAAGACUCGCCGCUAUGCCGUAUUUUAUAUGGACUUUUUUGUUGUGUUGAAGAAGAAUUUGUUUGUUCUUGACACGUUAAGCGGGAAAUGCGGUCAAGAUUUCGAGAUAGUGAACGUUCAGGCUAGGCAUAUAAAAGUGAGGAAGUACUUUGCAGUUAUUCAUUACUUGGCCUGGGUUUAGAGGACAGUCAGAAUUGGAUUAGUUUGUCAAUCCGAGCUCCAGAAGUCUUCAGGCAUCUUGUAUUCCAUGGAUACUAACAGAACUGCUGAUGAGAAGUCUGAAAGCAGGCUCUAUGUUGGCAACCUGGAUCUUAGGAUUUCAGAGGCAGCCUUAAUUAAAAUGUUUUCACCAUUUGGAAAGAUAAUUUCUGAAGACUUUCUAUGGCAUACCCGUGGGCCUAAACGUGGGGAGCCACGGGGUUAUGCAUUUGUCCAAUUCAGUACCAAAGAGGAAGCUCAACUUGCCAAGGAAAAGAUGCAUGCAAAGUUGGUUUGUGGGCGCCCAUUGAGCAUCCGGCUUGCCAGUGAAAAGUUAUUGAUGGAAGGUGCAGAAAAUCCUUCCAAAGCAGUAGGCGUGACAGCCAAAUCUUACCUCUCUGGAGGUUCAUCAUCAACACGGAUGAGUCGUGGUGCCAAAAUAGCUGCAAUAAAGAACAAACUGAAGUCAAUGGAAGAGGAAGUCGGCCACAGUUCAAAACGUCACAAACCAGAAGACAGUUUGCAAUAGUUCGCAUUUUAUUUUUAUAAUAUAGGACAGGGUUUAACUCCCUAGACAUGCAUAAGAUUUGUGCCUCUUACAAACAUCUUCUGAUUUUAUGCUCUUUAUUUCAAAGGAAGUCAAGUUCAUUGCUGUGUACUAUAUGCUACAAUUAUGAUUUUCAUUUCAUUUCAUUUGUACUACGUAUUUUGGUAGACUAGAGUUAAAUUCAUAAGUUUCAAAUAAAGGAAUUGUGACAUCA